CCUCCCAUUAUUUAUCCGGGUCUCCUUGUUAAAAUGGAGCUUUCAUUGCCGGGUUCCACUGCAUCUGCACCACUCUUCAACACUAGCAUUCCAGUCAAUGGCUCAGGGAACAAUACUGUUGAGCAGUUUACAGAAAUCAACCUUUUUGAAGUCCUCGGUCCCAAGCGAUCCCCCUUUUUUUUCCCUGUGACAACAGUUUACCUUUUAAUCUUCCUCACCGGGUUGUCUGGAAAUCUUCUGACAUGUGCAGUGAUUGCAAAGCACAAGAAGAUGCGAAACCCCACAAACUUUUACCUGGUGAGCCUGGCCGUGUCGGACCUCCUCGUGCUGAUGUUUGCGAUGCCGUUGGAGAUUUACGACCUGUGGGAGAACUACCCAUUCCCCUUUGGUGAGGGCGGGUGCUACUUCAAGACCUUCCUCUUCGAGACAGUUUGCUUCGCAUCAAUCCUCAAUGUCACAGCACUCAGCGUGGAGAGGUACAUCGCUGUUGUGCAUCCACUGAAAACGCGAUACCUCUCAACCAAUCAGCAUGCCAAGCGCGUCAUCACCGUUGUGUGGGGAGUGUCAAUGGUCUGUGCCGUUCCCAACACUUCUCUUCAUGGCCUCUUUUACUUGCCUGAGAGACUGGAGGAGUCAGCUAUAUGUGCUGUGGUAAAGCCCAUUUGGAUCUAUAACUUGGUGAUGCAAAUCACAACUGUGUGUUUCUACUUCAUUCCUAUGAUGAUUAUUAGCAUGCUCUAUCUUGUGAUGGGCAUACAUCUGAGUAGAGAAAGGCGGUAUGCCAGGAAGAACCUGGGGAAGAACGGCUGCAGCAACACCAGGAGAAGGAUCAGUGGGGAGAAUGGGCGUAGAGGACAGGUCGUCAAGAUGCUCUCAAUUGUUGUGGCUGUAUUUGGAGUCUGCUGGGCUCCCUUCCACAUUGAGCGGCUUCUGUGGAGCUCAGUCAGCCAGUGGACCGACGUGAUGCACAAUGUUUAUCAGUACGUCCACAUCCUGUCUGGCAUCUUCUUCUACCUAAGCUCUGCAGUAAACCCAAUCAUCUAUAGUUUGCUGUCCACGCGAUUUAGAGAGUGCUUCCGGGAACUGGUGUGCUCUCGUUCAGAGGACAACAGUUCUGUAAGAGACUCCCCAACGUUUCCGAAGAUUUUCCUGGACACCUCCAUGUCAUGUUCAAGAACUCAGUAUGACAUUAAGGACUCAAAUUCUACCAUCCCUUUGCUAUCUCCUAGUGUGACUUUGACUAUGAAAACUACUGUCCUCCCAUGUGUGGUUAACGAAACUAACUGCAAGACCUCUGUUUUCUGAGAUUUGUUUGAAAUCUGGAAAUUAGCAUGGACGUUGUAAACUUAUGGGUGAACAUUUGGGGAAAUGGAUUUGUUUUCUUUCUUACAAACAGACUGAGAUGCCAGUUUGCUAAUUAUCAAACUGUCCUCAAGAUACAGUAAACACAGUCUUUAACCAUUAUUUUAAAAUAUGCUUGAAGUAAUGAUUGUGAAACUGAUUGACAGACACUGGAUUUAAGUUAAAAUGAAGUUACAUUAAUUGAGUGAAGCUGAUGUCAAUGAAAUCCUGUCUCAACACAAAACAUGAAAAAUUUCUUCCCAUAUCUGGAUAGCGACAAUGUAGCAGUCCAAGGUAAGAAAAUUAAUGCUGACAUUGUAUUUAUAAGCUGCUGUGUAUUGAGCAGCCUUUAUGAGGUAAGAAUCAUGGGUUGAGCAAAAUCAGUCUGUCUAAUUGGUCAAUCUUUAUCCAAACGGGUUUUGAUUUUGACUCAAAUCUUGUUCAUUCAUUCUUUCGUGCACUUGUUGAGCACUUAUUGUGAAGCUAUAUAAAAACAAACAUACACUUGUCCUUCACUACAAUCUUCAUCCUUGAGUCCCUCAAACUAUUCACACAAGUAUUCAUCUCAUGUGCAAGAGAUGAUUGUGCAUGGAAGCAACAACAAUCUGUGGUAGCUUCUUUUGGUCAACACUUAUUAUGACCUUGGGCAACACACUGAACAAAGUCAACGCAGGAUAUUGUGUACAAGUGGUAUAAUACUCACCUUUCUACUCUAAAGAAACAGAUGGCAGUUAGUGAUGCCAUUAACAGAGCCGGCUCUGAAACAAAUUGUUGAAAACAAAUUCUUCAAAUAAAUGAGAUAUUCUGGGAUUAAGCAGAGCUGACAGGUUAAUUCUGCUUCAUCUGUUCCUCUUAUUGUCUUUACCAGACAGAGGCUGAACUAGAUAGAGAUAGAAAAUAGGAGCUGUGGAUGUGCUGAUGAAUUCAGAGAAGGGGUCACAUUGAAAUGUGAAUUAAUUCAUCUGGCCUUGUCACUUCCUCUCAUAUGAUAAUCUGGAAUCAUACAUCAGCACAACUAAUAAUGCUUUAUAUGAAAGGGAACAAAUUAAAUACAAAGCAGCCAUAUUAGUAAGAAAAGGUUUGGACAAAUGCCUCCCUUUUUUGAUUUGCAGGUUGCAGUUAAGGGUUAGGUGUAAUAAUAAAUGCUAUGUAACUCAUUCUCAUCUUAUUACAUUUUACACUGACAUGACAUCAUGACGUAAACUGAACUUUCGCUUUUCUGUCGGUAUAUUAUAUUAUAUUAUAUAUU